AUGCAACCACUGCUAACCCGAAUGAAUCAUGAUCCUACUCUAUUGGAUCAGCAUAAUCAUGUGCAAAUUCCAGAAGAACACACUUGGUUUGAAAUCCGUUUUAAGAGCCAUGACGAAGAAAAACAAGAAUUGAAAGGCUUGCUAGAGAGAAUGAACGAAAAACCGCAAGUUCCUCUGCAACGAUUGUUCCUGGUGAAUGGACAUCUCACUUCUGACACAAUUCGGAAUUUGGACAAGAAUGGUUGUUCUAAAAAUUUGCAACAGUUGGAGCUCAUUGGCACUCCUCUCGAUGAUUUUACCUUGUUGCAUUCAUUCCUGGAAAGAACCUCAUUCAUGAAGAAUUUGAGAUUGGUCGGAUGCAACCUCUCCGAUGAAGGCUUGAAAGAAUUGCUUGGACGAGACAAUAACAAGUUUCUAGAGAAAUUAGAAUUAUUAGAUUUAACUGAGAAUCAACUCACAAUAGAUGGAGUUUUGAAAGUGUUCGCUGAACACGCUUCUUCUCUCGCUUCUUUGAAAUAUCUCUUUUUGGAAAAUAAUUCAUUUGAUGAAGAAGAAAUUGAAAUGUGUCGUUCUUCGUUGAAAGAACUCUUUCCCUCGUUAGAAAUUAUGUUGUUGAAAAAGACAGAUUUCUCUCUCGGUGAAGAUGAAGUUUUUACUCAACAAUUAUUCAAAUCUAUUAACACGGUUUCAAGUCUCCUUCAACAAGAAGAAGAACAUACUGAAGACAAAGACAGCACUACUCAUAAUGGUCUCUCAGCAGAGUACAUGUACCAAUUGGCUAACAUUCUAGAAAAUCCAAGUAUCUUACCAUUUGAAUCCAAGCAAGUGACCCAAUUAUAUUUCAAAGCGGCCUUGGCUGAUUAUCCACCAGCUCAAUAUCACGUAGGAUGUAUCUUUUUCAAGAACUAUUGUGUGGACGACACAAUCAUUUAUAAUCCCAUUGAAAGCAAAUUCUUUUCAAAAAGUAAUCGAAUGGCACAUUCAUGGUUUGAAAAAGCAGCUUCUCAUGGUUAUGCAUUGGCUCUUCUCAAACUUGCUCAUUUUCAUGAAUUUGGUGUUUCUGGAGUUGAACAAGAUGAUGAAAAAGCAUUUGAAUUGACUCUUCGAGCAGCCCAAUCUGAAGACUGUCCACAAGCAUGGAUGCAACUGGUGAAAGCUAUGGAAUACUUGACCAAAGCAGCGGAGAAUGAUCAUAAAGAGGCCAUUCAACUCUUAGCACGUAUCUAUCAUCAUGGACUGCCUCAGUCAUCUUCUAAGGAAGGUGAUGGCAAGACAGUGGUUAAUGACGAAAAAGCAUUGUAUUGGUUUACAAGAUUGUGUGAAAUCGAUCCAGAAAAUGCACAAGCGUUUUACAUGGUUGGUGUGUAUCAUAUGGGAGCAUUUGGUGAGUUUGAAAAUCAAGACGUGCAAGAAGCAGUUCGUGCUCUCACAUGUGCUGCAAGAUUAGGUCACGGACAAGCUUGUUAUCAAUUGGGUGGAUUUUGGUUACACAUUCAGCAAAAUCCAGAAAUGUCCUUCUUUUGGUUUAGAGAAGGAUCUCGUCUAGGAAAUGAGGCUUGUGUGGAAGCUUUGAAACAAUUCACUGUUGUUGACUCGAGAAAUCCAGAUCUGUGA